AACAAUUGGUGCUCUUAUUAUAUAUUGUCAAACGGUACUUUGAAACAUGAAACAUCUGAAUCAAAAUUUCAAGUGCUCAUGACUCUACAACUUUUAGUUGGCGCUAUUGUCCUACUACAAUGCUGCUUCAUACCCACUCUUCAACACCCCUUAGACCCUCUUACACCUAGUGAAUUCAACCAAGUUAGGCUCAUAAUCCAAAACUCUCACCUUGGUACUACUCUUUCUAACCUAACUUUUCAUUUUGUUGAUCUUGAAGAACCUGAGAAAAGUGAUGUUCUCAAUUGGCUAUCUUCAAAUAAACACAAUGGGUCUUUCCCCUAUCGCCGAGCCAAGGUUGUAGUUCGGGCUAGAGGUGAGACCCAUGAGCUCAUUGUGGACUUAGCCACCGGUUCAAUCACAUCGGACCAUGUUUACACCGGUCAUGGUUUCCCCCCAUUCACUUACAAUGAGCUCCUCCAAGCUAGUAGGCUACCCAAAAAACACCCUGAGUUCAAAGAUUCAAUUUCAAAAAGGAGGCUAAAUUUGUCUGAAACCAUGUGCCUACCGUUCACAGUAGAUUGGUUUGGAGAACUUGUAACCAAAAGAGUGGUUAGAGUUUUGUGCUACUAUCGUGGAGGAACAACUAACAUCUUCGCAAGGCCUAUUGAGGGGAUAAGUAUACUAGUCGAUGUUGAGUCAGUGCAAGUUAUCGAAUAUACAGAUAGAUUUAAAGCCCCUUUGCCUAGUGCCGAUGGUACUGAUUUCCGGUCUUCAGGGAAGGGGCCUAAUUCGGCUCCUUGCAAUGGAACCAAAAUUGGAUUCACCAUCAAAGGCCAUGAGGUCAAAUGGGCUAAUUGGGCCUUCCACAUCGCGUUCAAUGCACGAGCAGGUCUGAUCAUAUCAACCGCUUCUGUAUUCGAUGCAGGAAGGAAAAAGUGGCGGCGCAUGCUGUACAGAGGAUACGUGUCAGAAACAUUUGUGCCGUACAUGGAUCCGACAAGUGAGUGGUACUUCAGGACGUUUAUGGACAUCGAUGAAUUUGGAUUCGGGCGUUCUGCUGACUCCCUCGUGCCAUUGAUCGACUGCCCUGGUAACGCGGUCUAUAUGGACGGGUACAUGGCCGGGGCAGACGGGCAGGCACAACAGGUGGCUAGGGCAAUAUGCAUAUUUGAGAGGUAUUCUGGUGAUGUGGCAUGGAGGCAUACUGAAAUUGGUGUUCCAGGACAAGUGUUAACAAGUGGGGAGACAGAGGUUAGUUUGGUGGUUAGGAUGGUGGCAACUGUUGGGAACUAUGACUACAUUCUUGAUUGGGAAUUCAAGCAAAGUGGUUCCAUUAAAGUUGGGGUAAGUUUGACAGGGGUGCUAGAGAUGAAGGCAACCUCAUACGCGCACAACGGUCCCGAAACAGAGGGUGUUUAUGGUACCUUUGUAGCCCAUAACACCAUUGCAACCCAUCAUGAUCACUUCCUCACUUACCACCUCGACCUUGACAUCGAUGGUACAAACAAUUCAUUUGUCAGAUCGAAAUUAAAGACAGCUCGAGCGGUGGGGAUUAAGCCGAGCACCCCAAGAAAGAGUUACUGGACCGUGGUUAGAGAAACUGUCGAGUCGGAAGCAAAAGCCAGAACUCGGCUUGGCUUGGAACCAGUUGAGUUGUCAAUAGUGAAUCCGAAUAAGAUGACCAAGUUGGGGAAUCAGGUGGGUUACCGGCUGAUCACCGGACAACGGGCUACCUCCCUCCUGUCGGACGAUGACUAUCCUCAAAUCCGGGCUGCCUACACGAAAUAUCAGCUGUGGGUGACCCCUUAUGACCGGUUGGAGAGGUGGGCUGGUGGGUUUUAUGCCGACCGGAGCCAUGGCGACGAUGGCUUGGCCGUUUGGAGCAAGAGAAAUAGGUCAAUUGUGAACAAAGAUAUAGUCCUUUGGUACACAGUUGGGUUCCAUCAUAUUCCGAUCCAAGAAGAUUUUCCAGUGAUGCCAACACUAUACAGUGGAUUCGAGCUCCGGCCAGCCAAUUUUUUCGAAAGAAACCCAUUGAUCAAACAACAGUGUUCAAUAUGUUAAAUUUUCCUAGUGCACUAAAGCUACUUGUCAGUGCAGGAAAAUUUUAUCAACAAGAAAAGGAAAGAAAAUUAUGGGUAUUGUCAAGAAAAAUUCAAUGAAACAGGAAAACUACUCGACUAAAGUCAAUUAUCCACCAUUGAUGAAGAAGGCAAUGCAAAUGUUUGAACCUUUGUACAAGUUUUUUUAACAAUAUUAUUAGAAUUGACAUGUAUUUUUGGCUUAAGAUCUGGAUAAGCAAAAAUCAAGUACUUUAUAUGAAUUUAAAUGUGAAUAUUCACAUUUAUUAUAAAAAAACAUAUUUUCAGCAAUUCGUAUUAAUUGAUUUAUAGAAAAUUUGAAAUUUCACCCUUACAAAUUUUAUGUUA